AUGGACCGCUGCAAGCACGUGGGGCGUCUGCGUCUGGCCCCGGAUCACUCCAUCCUAAACCCGCAGAAGUGGCACUGCGUGGACUGCAACACCAGCGAGUCCAUCUGGGCCUGCCUGGGCUGCGCUCACGUGGCGUGCGGGCGCUACAUCGAAGAGCACGCCCUGCAGCACUUCAAGGAGCAGCGUCACCCGCUGGCCAUGGAGGUCAACGAACUCUACGUCUUCUGCUACCUGUGCGACGACUACGUGCUGAACGACAACGCCACGGGGGACCUCAAGCUGCUGCGGAGCACGCUGGCCGCCAUCCAGAGCCAACGCUACGAGGUCACCACCCGCAGCGGGCGCACCCUCCGCUCGGCCGGCGAGGCGCCCACGCCCCGCGGCGCCAGCGAGCUGCAGCUCCGGGACGAGGACCGCAUGUUCACCGCCCUGUGGCACCGCCGCCUGGCGCUGGCGGCUCGCGUCUUCCGCCUCUGGUUCGGCCUGACCGGCCGCGGCCGGGCCAGGCAGGAGGAGGAGCGGCGGCGGGCGGAGGCGGAGGAGCGCAAACUGGAGGCCAGGGAGCGAAGGCGGGCGCUCAAGAGGCAACUCCGGGAGCAACUGGAGCACGCCCCGCUGAGGAAAAGCCUCCGUUUACGUCGGAGGACUCGCCGAGCGUCGGAAGGCGCCGGCGCUGCCGCGAUGCCCGAAAAGACCAAAACGCCGCCGGCUCCCCUCGCCCGCCGGUCACGCACCGCCUCCGCGCCGACCCCCAAAAAAAACGCGCGCCGGAAAAAUGCUCGAGCCGAAUCCAAAAGUCCUUCUUCCGGCGGCAAACCCAAACGCGAGCCCCCCCGCCAAAGCGCCGGCCGGCAAAAGCGGGCCGCCGAAGAGGGCGGCUCGCCCUUCAAGCGGCGCCCCGCCGUCACUCCCGGGGUGACGGGUUUGAGGAACCUGGGUAACACGUGCUACAUGAACUCUGUCCUGCAAGUGCUGAGUCACCUGCGCGGCUUCAGGGAGUGCUUUCUGCGCCUGGACCUGGCGCAGACGCCGGAGCUGCUGGCGUCCGCCGCGCGGGGCCGGCCGGCGGGCGAGGCCCCGCCCCGUCGGAGCCCGGCGGGGGCGGGCCUGAGCGGCGGCGCCUCGCGGGGAGGCAGCAUGGAGCUGAUCCAGGCCAAAGAGCCCGGCUCCAAGCGCGUCUCCCUGUGCCACGAACUGCGCACGCUCUUCCGGGUGAUGUGGUCGGGCAAGUGGGCGCUGGUGUCGCCCUUCGCCAUGCUGCACUCGGUGUGGCAGCUGAUCCCGACCUUCCGCGGCUACGCCCAGCAGGACGCCCAGGAGUUCCUGUGCGAGCUGCUGGACAAGGUGCAGCGGGAGCUGGAGAGCACAGCCGCGCGUGCCGCGCACAAACGCCUCGUCAAGCAGGUCCUCGGCGUGGUCAACACCAUCUUCCGCGGCCAGCUCCUAAGCCAGGUGACGUGCGUGUCCUGCGAGCGACGUUCCGACACGGUGGAGUCCUUCUGGGACCUGUCGCUGGAGUUCCCCGAGCGUUACCACAGCAACGGCGCCCGCGACUCUGCCGCGCAGACCUCCUGUCACCUCACCGAAAUGUUGGCCAAGUUCACCGAGACGGAGGCGCUGGAGGGCGACAUCUACGCUUGCGACUACUGUAACUCCACGCGAAGGCGGCCCUUGUCCAAAGUCGUCGUCCUCACGCCGGCGCAAAAACAACUGACGGUCCGCAAAAUGCCUCAAGUGCUACGGCUUCACCUGAAGCGCUUCAGGUGGUCCGGUCGCAACCACCGGGAGAAAAUCGGCGUCCACGUCAGCUUCGACCAGCUCCUCGACAUGGAUCCGUACUGCUGCGGCGAACCCGGGCGCUACCUGUACGAGCUCUCCGCCGUGGUGAUGCAUCACGGGAAAGGCUUCGGAUCGGGCCACUACACUGCCUACUGUUACAACUCGGCGGGAGGUUUCUGGGUUCACUGCAACGACUCCAAGAUGAACGUGUGCUCCGUGGACGAGGUGUGCCGAGCGCAGGCCUACAUUCUCUUCUACACGCAGACGGUCGCUCGGGGCAAAGACCGGCCGCCGUAG